CGAUUCACUCGAGACUGCGAGUGAGGCAAAGCAUAAGAACAAAUGAACUUCCGUGUUUGAAGAAAUCCCAAUCCUAAAGAUGAGGUUUUUGUGUAUCUUUAAUACCAAACCCAGAUGAAAGGGAAAGGUUUAAGCAGAAAUUUGACACCAACAAGCAAUACCCAUGAAUCCUUUCUUGUCAACUCUCUCAAGAAACAAACCACAACACCAUCAUAGGGAUUUUAUAAUCAAUCCAGUCUCCCUUUUUUCUUUCAUGCAUUUUAUCAAACACUUGUUACCUCUCAGUCUUUGCAAUCUCAAGAUACUGAUAUUUUGAAACAGAAAAGAAAUUGAUGGAAAUGGUGAAGACUGGGAACAUAGGAUUAGUGAUGCUCACUCUGCUGUUGCUGAACUUGUCAGCUUCUUCAGCUUGGUUUGGGAAUAAACACAAAAGUGUAAAGAAUUCCGCUUUCCCAGGUGAAGCAACAUCAUCCUCAUGGUCGUCGUCUUCAUCAUCGGUCCUAAAUCGUGCGGGCUCCUCCGUUGUGUUUCAGGUUCACGGCAACGUUUAUCCUGUUGGGUUCUACAAUGUUACUCUCACCAUCGGCCAGCCACCGAGACCUUAUUUUCUUGAUCUUGACACAGGUAGUGACCUCACAUGGCUUCAAUGCGAUGCCCCUUGCUCCCAUUGCUCUGAGACACCCCAUCCGCUUUACCUUCCAAGCAAUGACUUAGUGCCUUGUGAUGAUCCCCUAUGUGCAUCCUUGCAUCAGAGUACUGACUACAACUGUGAUUACCCAGAUCAAUGUCACUAUGAAAUUGAGUAUGCAGAUCAAUAUUCAACCCUUGGCGUACUCCUCAAGGAUGUCUAUCAUCUCAACUUUACAAAUGGAAAACAACUUAAAGUUCGAAUGGGACUUGGAUGUGGAUAUGAUCAGGUUUUUCCUGCUUACUCUUACCACUCCGUUGAUGGAGUACUUGGCCUUGGCAGAGGAAGAGCCAGCUUAAUAACUCAGCUCAGUAGUCAGGGCUUGCUGCGGAAUGUAGUUGGACACUGUUUAAGUACAUACGGAGGAGGAUAUAUGUUCUUUGGAGAUGUUUCUGAAUCUUCUCGAGUGACUUGGACUUCUAUGUCUUCCAUAGACUCUAAACAUUACUCAGCAGGGCCAGCUGAACUCCUUUUUGGCGGGAAGGUGACCGGGGUUGGAAAUCUUCUCGCGGUAUUUGACACUGGAAGCUCUUACACUUACUUCAACUUCCAUGCUUACCAAGCACUAGUCUCCUGGUUAAAGAAGGAAUUACAUGGAAAACCCUUAUCACAAGCACCUGAUGACCAGACUGUACCUAUCUGUUGGCAUGGGAGAAGACCUUUCAGAAGCAUAAAUGAAGUCAGGAAAUACUUCAAGCCUUUGGCUCUGAGUUUCACCACUGGUAGAAGGUCUAAAGCUGUAUUUGAAAUCCCUCCUGAAGCUUACUUGAUAAUAUCAAACUUGGGAAAUGUUUGCCUGGGCAUACUAAACGGCGCUGAAGUAGGCAUGGGAGAUGUCAACCUGAUUGGAGACAUAUCCAUGCUAGACAAAUUGAUGGUAUACGACAAUGAGAAGCAGUUGAUUGGAUGGUCACAUGCAAACUGUGACCGUAUUCCAAAAUCUAAACAUUUCAGCAUAUGAUCAUAUAAUCGCUACUUUGUCCGCUCAUAAUAAUCUUUGGUAUAUCAUAUCAUCUAGAUAGCAGAAUUCUGCUGUCCAUGGCAGAAGAACUGUAUCAUCUGCAAUUUGUAUAUGUAUGUUUGGUUAUGAAGAUAGAAUUCUGUAUAAUUGUAUAACAAGGUAAACAUUGAAAAAACUCUCUGGGUAUAUCCUGAUAUGAUGAUUACUGUAUAUUCUUACGCUAGUUUGACUUACGGAGGAUUUCUUGUAAGUAGGUGCAGCUUUUCAAAGUGUUUUUGAGCAUUUAUUUUGAAAGUUCCUCCUUU